GCCCCUUUCAGCCGCUGCGGAAAGCCCCUGGCAGCCCCUGCCGUGUGCCAGCAGGGGCGAAAGGCCCCAGAGUCCCCGCGUGUGUGCCAGUGCCACGGCCACGCACACUCAGCUGUGCGGACCAACGCCUCCCCACGGGGACCCUGGGCCAUUCGGGACGGGACCGGGGCUCCAGGGCCACCAGCCAGUGCUUCCACAGGCCCAUUGGGAUGGGAAGCGCUUAGGAGGCUCCAGCCACCUCAUUAACAGCCGGUCUCAUCAGCAGCACCCCCGGCGCCCCAUGGAUCGCACCCAGCCCGGCACCGCUCCCACCCUCGGGGUGCCCGAACCGGCAGCGGGGGCAGCGGGGAGCAGGGUGCCCGGGCCGGCUGCCAGGGCACAGCCACCCCUGGCGCCGUGCCGGCCCGCUGGCUCCCGGCCGGGGGCAGCGCCGGGCAGCCCGGGGGCUCCAUAAGAACCCUGGGCGGGCGCAUCGCGCCCAUCCGCCCGGCAUGGAGCGCCGGCGCCCGCCCUCCUACCGGCCCUCGGUGCCCGGGUACCGGGCGCUCCACGGCAGCCCCCCGGGCCGGCUCCGGGCGCCCCGCAGCCCCCAGCUGAGCCCCCGCCCGGGCUCGGCCAGCAUGGACCUCUCGCUGGCGGCGGCGCUCAACUCGGAGUUCAGGGAGACGCGCACCAGCGAGAAGGUGGCGAUGAUGGAGCUCAACGACCGCUUCGCCAGCUACAUCGAGAAGGUGCGGCUGCUGGAGCAGCAGAACAAGGCGCUGCUGCUGGAGCUGAGCCGGGAGCGGCAGCGGGAGCCCUCGCGGGCCGGCAUCUACCGGGAGGAGCUGCGGGAGCUGCGGCGCCGCCUGGAGCACCUGGCCACCGGCAAGGCCCGGCUGGAGUUGGAGAGGGACAAGCUGGCCGAGGAGCUCGGCAGCCUCCAGCAGAAGCUGCAGGACGAGGUCACCCUGAGGCUGGAAGCCGAGAGCAACCUGGCUGCCUACAGGCAGGACGUUGACAACGCUGCCUUGGCUCGCCUGGACCUGGAGCGGCGCGUGGGGACCCUGCAGGACGAGAUCGCCUUCCUCCACAAGGCCCACGAGGAGGAGCGGCGGGAGCUGCAGGAGCAGCUGGCCCAGCAGCGGGUGCACGUCGAGGCGGACGCGAGCAAGCCGGAGCUGACGGCCGCCCUGCGCCACAUCCGCAGCCAGUACGAGGCCGUGGCCGCCAGCAACGCCCAGGAGACCGAGCAGUGGUACAAGUCCAAGUUCGCAGACCUGACGGACGCGGCCGCCCGGCACGCCGAGGCCCUGAGGGUGGCCAAGCAGGAGGCCAACGAGUACCGGCGCCAGCUCCAGGCCCUCACCUGCGACCUGGAGGCUCUGCGGGGCUCGAAUGAGUCCCUGGAGAGGCAGCUGCAGGAGCUGGAGGAGCGCUAUGCCCUGGACACGGCCGGCUACCAGGACACGGUGGGGCGGCUGGAGGGGGACAUCCACAGCCUCAAGGAGGAGAUGGCCCAGCACCUGCAGCACUACCAGGACCUGCUCAGCAUCAAGCUGGCCCUCGACAUGGAGAUCGCCACGUACCGCAAGCUGCUGGAGGGCGAGGAGAGCAGGAUCACCAUCCCUGUGAAGAGCUUCUCCAGCCUGCAGAUCCGAGAGACCAGCCUGGACACCAAAUCUGUGUCAGAAGCUCACGUGAAGAGGAGCAUCGUGGUCAAAACUGUGGAGACCCGAGACGGAGAGGUGCUGAAGGAGUCCAAGCAGGAGCCCAAGGAGGUGCCGUAGGGCCGGGGGAGCCGCAGCAGCCGCAGCUCCGCAGGUCCCGCCCGACGCGCCGGGAGCCCCGGGCCGGGCACCGGGCACCUGGCACCGGGCACGGGAGGGACCGGCGGCGCUUGGGGGGCACCUCCCUCCCGUGCACCCCUCGCCCCUCCCGCGUCCCCCCGUGCCCGGGCUCCGGUGGCACCCCGCUAGGGGCUGGCAGCCGGCAGGGCUCCGGUGGGACCGGGCAGCGGCCGCGGGAGCCCGGCGGAGCCCGGCGGGGCCGCGCUCCCCGCAGGGAUGCUCUCGGGUUUGGGGCCCUUCCUGCCUCACCCUGGGUCUCUAGCGAGGGAAUCUGUUCCCGUUUCAUCUCCGUGCACCGUCAGACAACGCGAUGGUGCCAAGAGCAUCUCCCUGCAUCCCCCCUCUGGUCUGGGAGGCCUCCCUGGAUCUCCCCAGUGCACCCAGACCCCGAGACUCUCAGCUGGGGGGAUGCAGGGGCUGGAGAGGGACAUUUCUCUGUCACCAAGCGCUGGGUGAGCUCAGCUGGGGAGAGGCAGGGGUGGAGAAGGAGGAUGAAGGAGGAAGAGGAGAGUGGAGGAGCAGGAUGCUCUUAGGAUGGUGUCGAGGGGUGACAAAACGGGCAUCGGGAGGGGUUCCUGAGGGUGCUGGGGUGGCCAGGGUGGGUUGUGGGGCUACACAGUGGCCUCAAGGGCUUCUCCUGGCACAGAGCCAUGGGGCUGUCCUGAUCCCAGUGGGUGACUGCCACCAAGGUGUCCCCAACACAGGAAAAACAGGAAAAAACCAGUCCUGAGGGGCUCAUGGUGAGGGGUGACCCACGGCCCUGUGGCAGGGGAAUCUCAGGCAGGUGAAAGUGGAGAGGAGAGGAGAGGAGAGGAGAGGAGAGGAGAGGAGAGGAGAUGGGGGAGGAGGAAGGUGUCGGGCACCUGUGAGGGUCUCACAGCCCAAGGUGCCACCUGCAACCGAGGAGUGAUGUGGGAGUCCUGUCACUUGGAGAUCACACUGGGAGCCAGGGGCUCUGGGGCUGCUCCAGCCACAGUCCCUGCCCCACACAGAGCCUGAGCCCACUCUCCAUGGGCAUUCAGGAAGGGAUUGGAAAAAAUCCCUUGUCCCUGGGCUGCACGGGGCCCUGUCCCCCACCUGUCCUCCCCCAGAGCAGCACUCGCCCCCAGGGCCAUUGCCCAGCCCGGUUCUCACCCACAGCCCCAUCCCCACCCUGGCAGCAGCCUCUGACCACCAGCAGGACCUGCCUGAUGCCACCUGACACAGGAACAACCACCCAGCAGCACCUCCCGCGCCCUGACAGCCUUUGGGAUGAGCACACGGCUGCCCUCGGGGGCUGUCCCCUCUGUCCCCUCGGUCAGGGGCUGAGCAGACACUCAAGCCGGUCCCAGAGCUGCCGGUCCCAGGGCAGGAGGUGUUUUGGGAGAGCUGGGCGGUGCCUGGGGUGGGAAUGCAGGGGGAUGGGACACCACGAGCAGGGUUUGGGAUGAGCACACGGCUGCCCUCGGGGGCUGUCCCCUCUGUCCCCUCGGUCAGGGCUGAGCGGCUCUGCUCUGACUCCAGACACACAGCACCGGCUCCAAGGGCAGGAGGGGUUUUGGGAGAGUUGAGGGGCAGGAAUGCAGGGGGAUGGGACACCACGAGCAGCCUCCCUUGCUACCGGAUUCAUGCACUAACGCGCUGCAAGAUGAAAAUAAAGCUAAU